UGUUCAGGAGAAAAGUGAAAACCAUCAAAAUGACCUGCAGACCGUUUACAUUCCGCAUCCGAGUUUCGAAGGGACGCUGAGCAGGGAAAUAUGCAUCCCAGGGCAGUCGGAGAGAAGCAUUGAGCUCGUUCAUGGCAGCUUAAAGACCCCUUCGGAGCCGGAUCGAAGCAGGCGAGCACAAAGAGAGAGAGAGAGAGAGAGAGAGAGAGAGAGAGAGAGAGAGAGAGAGAGAGAGAGAGAGAGAGAAUGGACAAGAACCACAACCCUCUCAUAUGGCUGAACAUCAUGGUCUCAGAACCAUUCUACCUUUCUCAUUUCCUCGUUUUCUUCUCUUACUUCGUUCUUCACAUCUCCGCUACCCAAAUCCUCUCCCCUCACGCCGCCCAUCGUCUUCUUCAAAGAGAGAUUCAAGCGAUUCUCGCUUUUUGUGUGUUUGCUGUUAUCAAGAUAGUGAAACAAGAAACAUGGGAGGCGUUCAUUGGAGACGCACUGUUUUUUGCGAAGGUUUCCCUUGUUGCCAUUGCUUUAAUCAUGGAUUUUCGGUUUGCUCUUUGGUACACGGUGGCAUUUCUGGUGAUAUACAUCUUGACACCGCAACCUACAUGCGAAGAACUGGGUUCGUCAAAUAAAUUAACCCCAUUGCAGUUGGAAGCCUUGCUGACCGAAGGGAACACAUCAAGAUUCUGGCUGGUAGAAUUUCGGGCCUUGUGUUCAUCCACAUGCAUUCGCACUAGUCGCCUAUUUCCUGAACUCUCAAUAAUAUACUCAAACAAAAAUCUGUCUUUUGGAAUAGUUGACCUUAGCCUCUUCCCAAAUGCUGCAGAAAAUUUUGGAAUAUUCCUUGAUGGGAAUAUGAGCCAACUUCCUAUCUAUAUACUAUUUGAGAAUGCAGCGGAGGUUACACGUUUUCCGGAGAUUGAUUUUGAAGCGAAGGGUUCUCAUCUUUCCAUAAAUAAGAAACUUCUAUGCCAACAUUUCGAGCUUGACCGACGCCUUCUCGAAUAUGUAAAGGGCCCAAGCUUGUGAGCAAUUGCUGCAAAAUAUGUUUUUUUUAUUGGUGAAAAUGGUGGGAUAACUCCACUUUUCUUCUCUGUUCUGCUUCACUAGCCGUCAUUUGUCUUGAUUUAAAUUUUGAUGGAAUUAUUUGUAAUGACCUUUUUUCGUUCUUCCGGGUUCGUAAUAACUCGAUGCCACUGUCAAAAGCAUGUAUUUUCAAUUUUUGAAGUUGCACUCCUAGUUUGCUGCUAGGUCUGUUAUUGUUUCAUCUGCCGAAGGCGUCUGCUUCUACACGAUCGGGGCGAAGAAUCCUGCAAAGCUAGUUCUGAAACUGACCCUUGGCACUUGAGCUCUUGGAAAUGCAAGAGAGGUGGAGAGGCCUGUGAAUACCUCUCUGGGUGAAGAAAUCUGUUUAACGAGUAGCAAUACAUUUUAUACGAUGCAAAAAGUACUAAUUAGUUCUUAAUAUUGCAUGACUGCAUUAGUUUUAAUAUAAUUCUGUAUUACAGUUCAUCCAAAUUUAAUAUAAUUUUAAAUUCACGGUCUCUUCAAA